CUUUUUCAAACGCAUAUAUCACCUUUGUUGCACUCGUCUAUGUAUAUAUAUAUUUUGUUUGAAUACAAAUGAAGGACUGAUCAGACCUGACGAACAUUUGACAUGUCCAUAAUCUCCGACGUUUCAACUCUUGACUUGGCCUGCUUUUCUGCUCUAUUUUUGACCCUUCUUGGCUCAAGCUGUUGACCCUCUUUGUAGCCAAACCGCCCGCCCGGCAGCUCCAGUCUGCAUGGAAAUGGAUCCUGUUCGCCAAGCCAAUCUCGUGGCAUACGUGGCCAGUGCACCCAAGACGGGACGCGCCAGUGGCUUCAGUGCCCUCUACGAGAAGAAGCAGCUGAUUGAGGCGCGGCGAAAGCGCCAAACCAUGAACUUCAUGGAGCGAAUGGAAGUUGAUGCCGAACAGAAGCAGGCUCUCGCCCAGGUGACUCUGAUGCGGCAAAAUGAAGACCAUCGAAAGGCUCUUGAUCGUUUGGUGGAGAAAAUGCGCCCAGAACCUUUGGCCAGGGGUCCCAAGAUUGUGAAGCACAACGUGAAAGCUUUGCAUCAAGGUCAUGAUCGACAGCUGAAUUGGGCACCAUUAGAGUGCUACUGAGAGGUGGCAAGCCGCAAUGGGAGGUGGCAAGCUGCUGCCCCGGACAGCUGACAGCAGAGGAGAUGAUGUUUGUGAGAAGUUGAUGAUGUGAAAGCGAAGUUCCGAUGUGAAGCCUCGGACGUAUCAGCAUGUGAUUCUCAGCAUGUGUUUUUACUGUUUGUAUUUGUUUAAGUUCGUCUACAGAUAUGCAGCUGAGAGACC